AUGGCGGAAGCUGUUGGCCUGAUAGCCUCGGUUGUGACCCUCAGCAAGCUGGCUAAUGGGGUGUGUAGAGGGCUGCGCGACCUGCAUGAGCUACUAGGAGAGCUCCCGGGCAGACUGGCCUCUCUCAGCAACGAGGUGGACGAUGCUAAAAUCGUGCUUGUUCACCUGUCCAGAUGUCUCAAAGAGCGUGAGCUGCGCAAGUCAAACGCCAACGACGAGGACGAUCAUCUCGGCGCAGACAUCCACGAUGAGGUGGCCGUCCAUAUUGCUAAGCUAAAGGGGUAUCUGACUGAAUUGGACUCGAUUGUUGAAGAGGUUCGCACGACGGGCCUGCAGUCCAAAUUUGGGUCUGCCCAUCGAGUCUAUGCCUGGAAGAAACAUCACGGCCGCCUCAACGAGGUGCAGAAACAGAUUGUUGCUGCGAAAGCCAACCUGCAUUUCAUAUUAGACACUGCUGCCACAUACAAGCUCACCCGAGUGGACAUUCAGCUCAAUGAGCUGUCACACGCGAAUUCUACCCAGGGCACGGAGCUCAAAUCUCUGAUCAACAACCAUCACGAAGCUUUAAAGUCCUACAUCACCGAACAGCUCUCCCUCACAAUGUCAACAAUGAACGACAAUACCCCCCGCCUGCCACGGCUACAUCCGAAUGUCAUCAGAACUCGUUCUCGAGCCGCUGCAGCAACGAAAGAUGGCAAAUCUCAGCUUCAGCCGUCCAACUCCCAACAAAUCGAGACUGUCCGCGUCGGCGUCCAAAGCAACAGGACCUGGUGUGAUCGAGCAUGCCCUUGUCAAUGUCACAAUUCACGGCGCUCCCAGACACCAGGCAUCGUGAGCAGGUUUCUUGGUCAGCUCUUUGUUGACUACUCCGGCAUACCUGCUGUGACUCCGGAAUGCAACCAUCAAGCUUGCAACCAGGCUAGGGCCCCCAAGGUCCAGGCCGAAUUCUGGUUCCCAGCCAACGUCUUUUGGUCCAAAAUAUUUCAACUCCAGGCGACUUAUCAUGGCGUCACCGGCCCAUCCCUACAGCUACGGACCUACCGCCAUGUGCCUGACUCGGCCCCCGCUGUCAACUACACCAUCAAUGGCAACAUUAAUGCCCUGAAGGCGCUGUUUGCCCAAGGGCUGGCGUCUCCUCUUGAUAUCAGUGACACACGCGGAUACUCGUUGCUUCGUUGGGAAAUAUGUCGCUUCCUGUACGACCAAGGUGCAGAUGCCGACUAUAGGCCAAAGUCUCGAAACGAUAACAGUCCCCGCAACAAAGCCUCUGAUUUGCUUCUGCAAGGCGGCCUUGGACGAGAUGCUGUCAAUGCCCUCAGCCGCAUAAGCCGCCGCGAAGACUGGCUGGACGAACAAAACUUGCCCCUUUUGCACCAGAUUGUCCUUGGUAUAUCAGGCCGAGACCUCGUGCAAGAACUUCAGGAGCAUCCCGAAGCUGUCAACUAUCAAGACGCAAUGGGACGCACUGCCCUUCUCUGGGCGGCCGCGCGCGGCGACGACGAGGCUGUCACCACGCUUUUGCACUUCAAUGCGGAUCCCAACAUUAUGGAUUCUCAGCAUGCCGGUCCGGUGUCCUAUGCUGCGGACCGAAACCACACCACCUGUACUCGCAUCCUCCUUGCCGCCGGUUGCGAUCCGGAUCCCAUCAUCCCGGGUGGCUACAAGGUUGGGAGCCCUCUUAACUGCGCGGCUCGCAACGCAACAGAUCCCCUUCUUAUCAAGGCGUUGCUCCAAUAUGGAGCUAAUGUGGAUGCUUGUGGCGUAGACGGGCGGACAGCGUUGAUCCACGCCACACGGAAUGAUAAUGUCGAUUUUGCCAAACUCCUUCUCGAGUACAAUGCAAACAUCAAUGCGAUCUCGACUGCGGGACAGACUCCGUUGACCACGGCCAUUGUGAACAACAGCCAUGGAGUCUUGAGCCUCCUGCUCGAGAGAUGGGAUCAGUAUAGCGUUUGCCCCCGUCUCAUGGGGCCACACCUGCUAAAAAUCACAGCGCAGUAUGCGGACCUUGAAACCAUGUCCAUUCUCCUCCAAACGGACCACUUCCGCCUUAAGCAUGAUGAGCGGUACAGCAUUGGCGAUUUCGACUCACUCCUUCAUCAACGGCUCGAUGUGGACGAAGAAAUGAAGCAGAUGUUUGAUGAACUGCUGACCCUGGUUCGCGCUCAAGCUAGUUGCCAGUCCGAGACCAGUGGAAGCUUGAUGGAAAAGGGCAUUAACUUUGAGCAAGAGAAACACGACUAUGCAGAAAAAAUAUGA